AGUAGCCAUUACUUCGACAAAGAAACAUGAUGCUCAUUGUGCCAUCUCUCUUCCAAAAGUAACGCGUGCCUCCUACUAUCCAUACACCUACACACCCAUUAACCAAUAUCACAAACCAAAUACCAACAUAACCCAGGAAAUACAUUACCAUCCUAUAUAACAUACCUACCUACCUACACACUCACACCAAUGGCUCCGCCCGCCCCCGGCUUCAAGCUCAACGCCAACGGCAUCCCCGCCUUCGAGGACCUUCCCUUACAAAAGACAGACCCGUACUACUCGGCCUGGGGCCUGUACGGCGCCCACGACGAGCUCGGGACCCUGAACCGGCUGACCGACUCGCGGGUCGCCGCCGCCGCCGCGAGCGAGAUCCAGACGGGGCGUCGGAUCUCGCUGAACUGGCCGCUGAACGCGCAGGCGCAGAAUGCCUUCUUCGCGCGCCGCGUCUUCGAGCAGCAGCUCAUCCGCAAGGACCCGCGCGUCGUGAACGACGACGUGUGGAGCUUCAACACGCAGGUCUCGACGCAGUGGGAUGGGCUGCGCCACUAUGGCUAUCAGCGCGAGAAGAGGUUCUAUAACGGCGUUACGAUGGAGGAUAUACAUGGCGUUGGUGAGGAUGGAAGGCUGAAGAGCACGGUUAAUGGGAUACAUGCCUGGGCCGAGCAAGGCAUCGUCGGCCGCGGCAUCCUAAUCGACUACCACAGCUGGCUGCUCUCCCAACCCCCCUCCCCCUCCUCCCCAUCCACCACCCCCCACGACCCCUUCACCAAAACCCCCAUCCCCCUCUCCUCCCUCCUCGCCUGCCUCGCCUCCCAGGGCACCGUGCCCCGCUUCGGCGACAUCCUCUUCCUGCGCACCGGCUUCACCUCCCAGCUCGCCUCCAAAUCCCCCUCCGAGAUCCUAGCCCACCAAGCCCUCUCCCCUCCGCCUUUCGCCGGCGUCGAGCCCUCGCCCGAGCUGCUCCGCUGGCUGUGGAGCAACUUCUCGGCCGUCGCCGGGGACCAGCCCUCUUUUGAGGCGUGGCCGCCGGAUACGCAGAAGGCUGAGGGGGAGGGGGAGGGGGAGGGGGGCCGCCCCAUCGUGUUGCACGAGGUUCUGCUUGCGGGGUGGGGGUGUCCGAUCGGCGAGCUGUUCGACCUCGAGAGGCUGGCUGCUCACUGUCGGGAGCAGAAGCGUUGGAGUUUUUUCGUCUCCAGCGAGCCGUGUAAUGUCCCUGGGGGUGUGGCAAGUCCGCCGAAUGUACUGGCUAUAUUUUGAGUUAGUUAGCAGAAUGAAGUCCGCUUUGUGGUUAGCAAUCCAAUUCAUACAUUUACAAUUACA